UGUUUGUUGCAUGUCUGGCAGCUGCAUAUUGCAAAGCUCACAACACAGCCUUCAUCGAGUGCGGCUGUGAUAUUUGCGUACCCGCACAUUUCAACACUACGUUGAGACUGUCACAUCCGGAUUACGACUCAAGUGCGUUUAUCGGGUUGCAAACGGGCAGUCGGAACAUGGUUGUAGCCUCAUUCAGGGGCACCCAGACCAUGACCAACUGGAUAAACAACCUCAAGGCUGUAUAUGUGAGCGCCCGAAAAAGUGGUUUUGGCGAUGAAUUCAAGGGUUGCAAACUGCACCUGGGAUUCUGGGCCACCUUCAAUUCGAUUGGUCGCGAGUGUGUGGAUGAGAUAGCGCGCCUGCAUGAAGUGCACCCGGACUACGAAGUGUUUGUCUGCGGCCAUAGUCUAGGCGGUGCCAUGGCUACCUACUGCACUCUGCAAGUGGCUCUGCGUGGUGUUCCUGUCCAGGGCUAUACAUUUGGUCAACCACGCACGGGUAAUGCGAAGUGGGCGAGACUCUUUAAUAAGCGAGUGACGCGGUUCUACCGGAUCGUCAACAACUACGAUGUGGUCCCACAUCUGCCUGGCACUGCGAUGGGGUUUGCGCACGUGGGCGCUGAGCUGUGGUUUUCUUCGGGAGUUGCCGGUUCAAAGCUAAAGAAAAACCCGUUGCACGUGCAUGGCCCAGUGGCUGAUAAGUUCAGUCUGCAACAGCUCAGAGAUACUUGUUCGGCUCGCGCGCCCUUCUGGAAGCUUAUAGUCAUCGAUCAUUUAGUGUACUACGAGAGGGUCCAGGGCAAAUCCCGUGUCGAGGGUGAGCCGAUCCCCGACGAGCCUGUGAAGGAGGAUGGGAGGCUUGUACUGGUAUCAGACACUCUGGUUAGCUCUAUUAUGAACCCAGCAUUCAAUGUGCUCUUGCUGGUGUAUACGUCGCACGACCAGGCCCACUCACACACCCACACCGCAACACCGGACGACGGCGCUACGGAGGGACCAAAGCCGAAUAGGUGGACAAGUCUCACAUACGCGCUGCGUAGUCUAGUGGCAACCAGCGACCACGACAAGAGGAAUAGGUCCGCCCGAAGCCUUAUCAAACAGUGUACCAGGCACUUUCAGCAUGACGAUAGCUUCCGCGUGGCCCAGAUUGACGCCAGUAAAAACCAGGUUUUUGCCGUGGAUUGCCAGGGCAUCUAUCCCGCGCUGUGGUUUAUUCCCGGGGGUGGCAGUCCGUCUGAGACAACCCCGAAGCGUAUCUCGGCCGAUAAUCAGGUACCCAGGGUUGACUCGGAAAUCAUUAGUUUCGAUGAGUUAUUGGUGUGUAUCGCCAAACAUCGCCAAGACGUGUCAAAAGCGAGUGAGAUGGAUAUGAAGGACUUUACGGCCCAGAGAGUGGUGGAAGAUAAGAGCAUGGUACCGCCAGAUGACACCGACACGACUGACAUGAGUGACACUAGUGACACUAUUGGCACUAGUGACACUGGUGACACCAUUGUCACGGAGACUCGGACGCAGGCAGGAGUGGCGACCGAAGUGGAGGGGCUAAGAUGAUGGUGGGACCAGUCGUUCACUGUGUGAGAGAUGUGACCACCAAGCAAGAUGUAGACGUGCAUGAGAGGUGCGCUGUGGUGAACGUAGUAGUAGAUAGUAAGAUGGAUAUAACAAAUAUAGAUGUGAUGGAUAAAUGCACUGUACUACAUAUAAUUUUGAUCGAUAAGAUCCCAGAGUCGUGCCGAAAGAAGCCUCUAUGCUUAGUUGUGCAUAAGAAAUAUACAGAACACAC